AUGGACCCAAAUAUUCAAUACGGAGGUAACAGUUUACCUACAUCUACAUCUACAUCUACAUCUACAUCUACACCAAGUCCAGACAUUAUCAACCUCAACCUUAAUGACAAUAGUAAUUUCCCUAAUAUGUUUUUCAAUUUUAAUGACAAUAUCAAUAGUAUCAAUAAUAUUAGAAUGAGAUAUUAUGUUUCUAAAUCAUUUGAAGAUGAUAUAGAAUUUUUACCAAUUAGAAGAAAAUUUAAUGCUGCUCAAGCUGCUUCAUUUUCACCAUCUGCAUUUUCACCUUCUCAUUGA